CGCCGCCGCCGGGGAGGCUGCGGGGGAGCCUCGGCGGAGUCGCUGACGGAGCGGAGCUCUCUUGACAGGGCCCGGCACUGCCCCGCGCCGCCUCGCCCGUCGCCGCCGCCACCGCCCCGGGGCGGGCCGUCGCGGCGGGUGGAUGCCCAGCGCCUAGCGGGCUCCGCCGGGGUGAGGACGCACGGACGCCAUGGGCUGCUGCAGCUCCGCCGCGCAGAGCUCCAAACGAGAAUGGAAGCCUCUGGAGGACCACAGCUGUACAGAUGUACCGUGGCUGCUCUUGUUCAUCCUCUUCUGCAUAGGGAUGGGCUUUAUCUGUGGCUUUACAAUAGCAACAGGAGCAGCUGCAAGACUGCUUUCAGGAUAUGACAGUUAUGGAAAUAUCUGUGGACAGAAAAAUGUCAAGGUGGAGGGAAUAGUCAACAGUGGUCUGGACCUCACACAGAAGAAGUAUGUGUUCUUCUUGGAUCCAUGCAAUAUUGACCUAGUACAUCAGAAGAUCAAAUCUCUUGCUUUGUGUGUAUCAGCUUGCCCAAGGAAAGAACUAAAAACUCUGGCUGAUGUUCAGAAAUUUGCAGAAACUAAUGGAUCUAAUCUGUGUAGCUACGAACUACUGCCAUCAGAAUAUACUACAGACCCAAGGGCUGCCAAGUUGUGUCCUAAAUAUCCUGUUCCAGAGAGUGCACCUAUUCCAUUCUUCCAUCGCUGUGCUCCUGUGAACAUUUCCUGCUAUGCCAAGUUUGCAGAGGCCCUGAUCACCCUUGUCAGUGACAGUAGUGUCUUACACAGGCUGAUUAGUGGAGUUAUGACCAGCAAAGAGAUUAUAAUGGGACUUUGCUUGUUGUCACUAGUGUUGUCCAUGAUUUUGAUGGUUAUAAUCAGGUACAUUUCAAGAGUACUUGUCUGGAUUUUAACAAUUCUUGUCAUUCUGGGAUCACUUGGUGGUACAGGAGUCCUGUGGUGGCUCUAUGCUAAAGAACGAAUGUCUGCCAGUGCUGUUGAGACUCAAAUAGCCAAAGAAAAUCUUCAGGCUCUCCUGAUCUAUGCCAUAUCAGCUACUGUGUUCACGGUCGUCUUGCUCUUGAUAAUGUUAGUUAUGCGCAAACGAGUAGCUCUCACUAUUGCCUUGUUCCAUGUGGCCGGCAAGGUCUUCAUUCACCUGCCACUGCUAGUCUUCCAGCCAUUUUGGACAUUCUUUGUGCUUAUCCUCUUCUGGACAUAUUGGACCACAGUCCUACUUUUCCUUGGUACUACAGGUAAUCCUGUCCCAAAUGAAGAAGGAUUUGUUGAAUUUCGCAUGGCAGGCCCCCUGAAGUACAUGUGGUGGUACCAUGUGGUAGGACUGAUCUGGAUCAGUGAAUUUAUCCUAGCCUGUCAGCAGAUGACAGUGGCAGGAGCUGUUGUGACAUACUAUUUCACAAGGGAGAAAAGGAAUCUGCCAUUUACUCCUAUUCUGGCAUCUGUUAAUCGCCUUGUCUGUUACCAUCUAGGAACAGUAGCAAAGGGGUCUUUCAUUAUCACAUUAGUGAAGAUACCACGAAUGAUUCUUAUGUAUAUCCAUACACAACUCAAAGGAAAAGAAAAUGCUUGUGCUCGCUGUAUGCUUAAAGCCUGCAUCUGCUGCCUUUGGUGUCUAGAAAAGUGCCUGACCUACUUAAAUCAGAAUGCAUACACAGCCACAGCUAUCAACAGCACCAACUUCUGCACAUCAGCAAAGGAUGCCUUUGUUAUUCUAGUGGAGAAUGCUUUACGAGUGGCUGCCAUAAACACUGUUGGGGAUUUUAUGUUGUUCCUUGGAAAGGUCCUGAUUGUCUGCAGUACAGGUUUGGCUGGGAUUAUGUUGCUGAAUUAUCAACGGGAUUACACUACCUGGGUGCUGCCUCUCAUCAUUGUCUGCCUCUUUGCAUUCCUGGUUGCUCACUGCUUCCUUUCCAUUUAUGAAAUGGUUGUUGAUGUCCUUUUCUUAUGUUUUGCCAUUGAUACAAAAUACAAUGAUGGCAGCCCUGGAAGGGAAUUCUACAUGGAUAAAGUUCUCAUGGAAUUUGUGGAGAAUAGUAGGAAAUCUAUGAGAGAAGCUGGCCGGGGAGGUGGAGCUGAGGGCAGAGAGCUAAAACCAAUGGCCUCUGGAGCAAGUUCAUCUUGAAACUAGCCAGCCAUAUUGGAACCCAUUGACAUUCCAAAACAAUAUAUCUAUACACACACACACACACACACACACACACACACACACAUAUAUAUAUAUAUAUAAUCAGCCAAAAUCAGAGAAAAGGAACAGGGAUUUAAUACUUUUUUUAACAAUUAUUUUUGUGAAACAUGUACUCUUUUCAUACGGGUGGCUUUUACAAGCAGCUUUAUCAUUGUUCCAUUUAAAAAAAAGAUUACUCAUUAUAGUCACAGAAAUGUUGAUUCUUAUCUGCUUGAUAUUUCACAAUCUGGAGGAGGUAUCAUUGUAAAGAUAAUUUUAAUGAUAAUUGGGUUUAGAGACAGAUUUCCAAUGACAUGGCUAAUCUGCUGAGAGUUUUUUGUUUAAAUUUGCAUUAAAUUUAGGACAGCUACACAUAAGCAAAACCUUCAAAUCAAGAAAAGUAUUAAAUUUAGCUUUUUAAAAGGUAGUUUUAGUGAGAGUUAAUUCAGUUCUAACUGGUUUAUAAGCAGUCAUUUUAUUUUAUAGCCCUGGCAGGGCCCAAUUUUAUUUAGCGGUAUCAGAUAUCACAAUAACCAACUCCUCAGGUAUUCACAUGUGUGGGAGCCCUUGCAUCUCCUAUUCAGCAGAAACUAGAAAAUGGGGAAUAAUGAUUUUUAUAUGCAAUUUACUUAAUGUUUUACCCUACUUACCCUCUUACCAAUUCUUCCCCCCCCCCCCCCCCCCGGCCCCGAAUUCACUAGCCUCCUUCAAACGUCAGCAGUGCUCCUUUAGGGACAUAGAUUCUGCAUAUGAGCAAUUCAAAGAACAGAUUAUUAAAGCUCAGUCUUAGUCAUACUCAUGAUUAAUUCAUGACUUGAUGUAAACAUGCUGAGGAUAGAAGGAGAAAUGAACUGUAAUACUGUACAAACAAGUACACUGUAGUUCAUUUCAUUUAAUGUCAGAGAGGUUUGGGAUGUGUAAGGGACCAUUCCUUGCCUAUUGUUUCACCCAUAUUUCUAUGUACUGUAGCAGGUGAUUAAAACAGGAAAGGGCAGAGAAACAUUUCUUUGGAAGUGUAACUGCCUGGGAUAGUUAAUUGAAGUCAUCAAAUAAUGAUAAGAGAACGUGUUUUGUUUUGGUUUUGUUUUGGGAGAAAAAAAAAAAAAGGCAAAAAAAAAAAAAAAGAAAAAAAAGAAGAAGCAGUAGUAGUGUGAUUCUGAGAUAACUGCAUUUCUUUCAGUCUGGGAGUUCACCAGAUACGAAUGCUAAUAUUUUGUUCAGCCUAGUGUAAUGGUUAAUGGUUAAAAGCGUGUAAAGAAUUCAUGACCUGUCAAUGCUAUAUAGUCCUUUUGUUACAAUUUUUUUAAGAAAACUAUUUUUGUUAAUGUAAAGUUAAUACUUCAGAGCAGAAUUUUUAAACUUAUUGCACUAAAUAUAAGCUCUGUACAAAUAAACAAUGCCUCAGUGGUUUGAUCACUCCAUUCAAGAAAACCUUUUGAAAGAGAAAAGCCCUUCUGUGGAAGCUUUGCAAUGGAGUGGAGAGGUCUAGUUAAAGAAACUCAGUUGUACUCAUGGUUUAAAGAGUAAGCAGUUCUCUGUGCUUCCUUUCAGAGGAUCAGACGUUUGAAAAAUAGAUUGUCACGUAACUAAUCAGUGCUCUUACCUUUUGGCAAUAGUGAAAUGUUUCACCUUUGCUUCUAGAAAUCAUUUGAUAUUACAUUUGUUUAGUUUUCUUUCAGUAAGCCAAUUAAAAUGACUUACUGUUUUCAUUAUCACAGAAACCAAACUGUAUGAAAAGAAAAUAAAAAAUCUGUUUAGAGGUGAUAACUGCCAGGGAGGUGGGAAGACAGAAUUACCCAGUCUUGCAAGCACUAGACACUUGUUUAACCAAACCACAUCAGCUCCACUGACAUCAGGAGGGCUCUCUUAAGUAGUGAAGUUGUAAGAUACAUUUGUGUGUAUGUGUGUGUUAACUGAACUAGAACUUCAACCUAGGAUUCAGAGUGGAGCACUGACUGGUGAGGCCUCUCAAUGUGAGCUAGAAGUCAGUCUAUCUAGAAGAAGCCCUGGAAACAGCCUUAAGCUUGUGGAGAGAAAGCAUUCCUGCUGUUAACGCUGUUGCUAAAGCUGCAGUUGCACUGAACAUUGUUGUCUGUGUAGAUCAGUGGGGGUUAGCAACAGAAAUUAAAAAACUGGCUCAUAUGAAUCCUAGAAACUGGACUCCAAGGCUAAGAGACUUUUCACAUACCCAGUUGCUUCCAGAGAACUGUAAUUUCCGUCUUGUUGGAAAUUAUUGGAGGUGCUUUGAUCAAAGCCUUGGAUUCUGCUCAUUUUGACAACAAAUAUCUGCCGUGACAAGUUCUGCAAGUUUGUGCUCUCUGCUCACUGGAAGUGGGAGCUUUUCUCUGCAAUCGCAACUAGAACUGCAAUUGGGAACAAAUUUUGUAUUUUUGUAUGACUUGACUGUGCACCAUUUUUAUAGCAGUUUAUCCUGUUUUAAGAACAAAUUUGAUUUAUUUACAUGGUGUUUAAAAGAUACAGGCAACACUUUUCUAUGGGUAGCUGUAAUGUUGAAGUGACAAACCUAUAUCAUUACGGAGUUCUUAAUAAAAUCAUAUGCACCAUUCUUGUGUGUAUCGGGCAUGCUGAGCUUUUCAGUCAUGCCAAAAUGCAUUCCAUCAACACGCAGGCUUUCCAGUGGCCCUUCAGAGCUUUUGAAUGUUCUUUGAAGUGAAUUGCAACCAGACUACAAACUGUCCUCUUCCAGUGUGGUCUUGUGCAAGGAGAUAAGUAGAAGACUGGAGUCUAAAAAAAAAAUUUUUCAGGGCAAACCUGAACUCUGCUUACCUCCCUUAGUGGAGGUAGUGGAGAACACCUGGAAUGUAAAUCCCUAGUUGGAGUAAAGGUGCUGGGGACUUCCAAUUGUGAAGGAUUAAAUACUUUUUUUGCCAUCAGUGUAUGGACUGCUUUGUGGGAAGCAGUCUGUUCCAGUUAGAGUGAUGCUGCACUGGGAGUAACACUGCAAGAGGAGCAGAUGCAGAAAUAAUCUCCUUGGAAAGUCCACUGAACCAAGCAGUGCUUGAGGACUGGUAAUUUGUGCCAGUGUAGUUACUGGUUCCCAGCAUUUGGUUUCUGCAGACAGUCUGGGACAUAGCCUCUAAUCUGCUAGGCUUCAAAGGAAAAUGCUUGCCAUUCUUUUAAUUGUUUAGUCUUCUCAUUUGGUUAUCUUCUGUCUUAUUCAGAGACUGAGCAACAUGUUGUUGUUGCUUUAGCAGAGGUUUGAACCAGAUGAGGUCCUUUUUAAGCCCCUGUGAUUCUUUAAACCCUAAAGAAUCUUAGUUGUUCUUUUAGCUCUUGUUUCUGUAUUGCUCUUUCAGUGAAGGAGUACCAAGCGGCUGAGUGUCAGCUUCCCCUGUCCCACCGAACUUAUCCCAUGCCUUCUCACCUUCCCAAGGCUAUGAUAUCACCUGGACUGAAUGGGAGGGGGAGUAGGUGCAGAGCUGAAAUUCUGAGAUGGUUUUCUCUGUGUGUGUGUGUGAUCCCACUCCAUCACUGUGCUUGCUGUGAUUAGGAGUGCAGUGCAUUACUUCUAUAAUUUCAGUGCUGCUCUGCAGCUAAACUCAGCACGUGGUAUGGCCAAUUUAGAACUGCAUCUUCAGCCUUCCGUGAGCUUGUGUUCAUGCUCCCAGCUGCCAAAAACAAGACUGGGUUUUACGUGUGGCCUUAGCUUGGUGUGGUAACCCAAGGAUGUUCUUUAUAAGGAAGCCUGUCCUAGAAAGGACAACAUCAAAUGGAAAACCAAGUACAUACUGUUAUGGGGUUGGCCCUGCCUGCCAGGUAAGCCCCUACUCCUCUUGUGCCUUCCUUUCCAGGAGGGCUGGGGGAAGAAUCAGAAUUGUGGGUUGUGGUAAAGACAGCUAAUUAAGUAAUGGGAAAAAAUCGAGGGGGGAAAAAACCAACAUCAACCAAGUGUUGCAAAGGCAAUCACUCACCAUGUCCCACCAGCAGACUGAUUGAUACCCAGUCAAUCUCUGAGUAAUGGCUACUGUGGAAGAGUCUCUCCCUCCCCCUAGUUUAUUUCUGACUGUGUUAUUCCAUGGCACAGAGUAUUGUUGUUGUGGUUUGGGCCAGCUUUCCCAGCUGUGUCUCCCCUCAGCCCUUGCCCACCCCCAGACUCCUCUGCAGGAAGGGAGAGACAGAGAAGGCCAUGACCCUGUGGGAGCACCGCUCAGCAGUGGGUUUGUACACUGUGUGCUACCAUCGCUGCUCUGAUCACAGAUCUAAAACACAGUACCAUAGGGGCUCCCAUAAAGAAAAUUAUUUCUGUGCCAGCCAAACCCAGCCCCCAGGUCCACUUACCUAACUGUUAACCCAAGACUCACUUCCCACAUUUCUGUACAGCACCUUCUCAGGGUGGUUACUUCUUUCUGAAAGGGCUUUCUUCAGAGUAGGCGAUGAGUCUGCUCCACAGUGCUCCCUUUAGGGUGGGAGCAGGGUAUGCUGACUCUUACUCUUUCAGCACAAAAUGGGGAUGUAAAGCAGAAAUGAGCCCUGUCUGUAUCAGCAUCUUGGCAACUGAGCAGCCAGUGCUGAAGACAACAUAUUUAAUGUGCCCUCAGGGCCUGCACUUUAGUGGUUUGCUCUGAGUAGUUAUGAUGUAUUCUAUGAAUGUAUGUUACAGAGUCAGAAUAAAUGCAUGUAGCAGACAUAUACUCGUCAUCACCAUCCAGUGAUCAUUUGGUUCUGAAUGCAUAUUACAUGAUGUAUCGAACACGGCACAGUCAUUUUAAGAAACAUUAGAGAUUAAAAGUAGAUUCCUAACGGUGCACAGCCCAGUUUUGUAAAUCAUGGCUUUGCCUGUGCAGAUACUGUUUACUAAAUCUGAACAUCUCAAUCCCAUUGUUUCUUGAACAGCUUGUGUGUCACGUUAUCACUACUGAAGUUCUGUUUCAUCUUUGUGUAAAAAUAUAGCUCCUUCCCAAAGGAGGAAACUCCUUCCCUUCCAUGGAAAAAAAUACUGUUUCACAAAACAAAACCCAACUGACUAAUCUGAAGCAUUUCUUGCACUCAGCUUUUUGUUGGGGUGAUGGAAGUUUAUUCUAAAUAUUGAAUUUUUUCAGUGCUCUUCCAACUGUUUCAUCUCUGCUGUUAUUUCCAUUACGUUACAAGAGAGAUAAUGGAGAUUAGUAACUUUAUAUUUCUUGUGCUCUGUAGCAAAUACUGUUCUCAAUAUUUUAUUUUACAAUUUUUUUUUAAGUUUUAUUUAUAUUUAGAGAGAUGAGAGAAGAGAUGAGCUUUGUCUCUUGUAAUGUGGGUCUCACACAGAAUGCAGAAUUUCUGGUCUGGGAUGGAACUGUGAGGUAUCUUGCAGCGUUUGCAAGCUGAUGCAACCAAGCCAAAGCUCUUUAGAGACAUUAGGAUUAUGAGAAUAUUUCCAGGGAUAAUAGGUAGCGUGAAUCCAUCUAAAAUAUCCAUUGGGAGGUUAAAAUACUUGGCAUUCAUUUGAGAGAAAUCAGCUAAAACAGAACUACAGAAAACUCAAAGAAACUCCAUCACGUUCUACUCCCAUGUCUCAUUGAAGCCAUCAUGUCGUGUGUGAACGUACUGAGCACAAUUUGGUAUUUGUAGCAUUGGGUAACUGUCUGCAAAAUUGUAGGCUCCCUCCAGAAUCAAAGUUGCAAAAAUUUUGAGCAAAAAAAGUAAUAGGUCACUGCAGAAUUAGCCAAACGUCCCAAGUUUCAGAGACAGCUCUGGCAUCUCUGAAGUAUUACAGCAGCAGCGGUGGCUACCACUCCUUAAGUGCACCUGCCACCUCUCCCCUCUUGCUUGAUUGAAAUAUGGGCAGGAAAUGACCACUUCAGAAAGGCCCAGUGUGAUUGUGAAGCUGGAGACUCCUGAAAUCCAGCAAAAGCUGCUCACUGACUGGAGUCCCUGUGAAACUCAUGAUUUUUAACUAUAAAAUAAAUGCUCUGUGUGCUCCAGUGUUGGUAAGGGAUGGAUCAGUCCCUGCUCAAACUGAAGAGAAAAACUGUGGGGUCAUCUGUGUGGAGGGGGAGAAGGGGAAGAACACAACAAAAGCUUCUUUUGUUUCUAAUAUAGGCCAGGGAGCAAAUGCCGGAGGCCAGUGGAGCCGUGGAGAGCAGAGUUUCACAGGUAGAAAAUAGUUCACAGAAUCUUCAUAGUAAAGAAAAUUCACAUUCCAUUUCACAGACAUCUCACAGCAGUGUCCCCUGUGCCCUGCUUUUAUUUUGUUCUUCAGAGCAAGAAAGGUGUAAUCUUACAGAAAGGAAUUAUUUUUGUACUUUGGAUUGUGUUGCUGGUUACAGUAACUCUGAUAAGGAGAAAGGAAAAUCUUCCAAACAAAUGUUAAAGGCUUGACAGUACUCCAGACAUUCUUGUGUUGUCGUAGCCCAUCAAAGCCUCGUGUAAAAAACAUGAGUUUUUCAUCCUCUUUCACUCACAGUUCUAACAGGGAAGCUAAACCCCAAGUCUGGUUGAGUAAUGUACAUUCAGCUAAGAUAAAAUAACAACUGCUCCAUUUUUCCAGUGGAAUGCCACCUCCUUUUGGAAUGGGAAAAGUAAGUGUGAGACUGUUUUUUGUUGUUUGAGAACUAGAAAUGUUUUAUACUGCAAGCUGUGAAUGCAGGAAGAGAAGGGAAAUAUAACAGUGCUGAUCUAAUCUUAGAUUUUCUGUGUAAACUGACAUUGUGCCAGGAUACUGAUGCAAAACUUGUAUUUUAGUCUAAGAAAUGUAUAGAUUUUUUAAUGUAUCAAAAUAAAGUUUGUUUUUUGGUUAA